UCAUGGGAAAUGUAGUACACACGUGUUGGUUGGCUUUGCGCAGCUCUUCCGUAAGUCAAGCCAGGCGGCUAAUUCGUAUCGACUACAAUCCCAGAAUGCGCGCUCGUUGUUGCAGACUAAUGGCGGAGAGCUAUGACUGAGGAUCUAGAUGAAGAGGUUGUGUUCGAGAACUCUCCUCUGUUCCAGUAUUUGCAGGAUCUAGGACACACUGAUUUUGAGGCAUGUUCACCCAUCUCUCAGAAGCAGCAGGAGGAGGAACUGGGUGCUGGUGUCCAGGAUAUCCUGCCCCCUACCAGAGCUGGUGGUAUUUGGAGGCUGGCUGAGAUCCUGCGCUCUCUGAGUCCGUUUCAUCAGAGCGGUCCCUCCCUACAGCUGGAGCAACAGCUGGACGCUGCGUUCCGGCAGUACUCCCUGCGCUGUGUAUUGUCUCAGGACGUGCUGUUGCAGGAAGACGUGGAGCUCAUUGAGCUGUUAGACCCCAGUGCUCUCUCUCUAGGAUCCACAAGUACUGCCUGUCCGAGUGCCACCUCAGCCCUGCCUGCACCCCGCUACCUCUCCACACCAUCUAUAUGGGAUGUCUCUGUACUGGUCGGGUUGUUGGCCAUCCUGCUCACGGUUUGGUGUUCUUGUCCUGACAAUGGCCGAGGCCUGCUUUGGUUGUGUGUUUGUUUGGUGUGCGUCUUGUGUGUGCGUCAUGGCGUUCAUCUGUGGCACAAGGCAGCAAUGCAGCAGUGGGUCCAGGCUCAAGCUGUCCAGCUGGAGAGUUUGGUGAUCAACAGUCGAGCUCUGACCAGCCUGGCACGCAAAUCGCUCCGUCUCAUCCAGGAGACCGAAGUCAUCUCGCGGGGAUUCACCCUUUUACUCGACAGGGUGAGUGCGGCCUGUCCCUUUAACAGGGCGGGGCAUCUGCGCAGCCAACAGUUGAUUGGUUUGAGGAAAGCAGCCUAUCAGAGUCUCCGCUGCGUGUUCCGUGCCUCCCGCAUCGCCACCUGCAUCAUGCUUAAAUCGUUUCCGCUCAACUCCGAGAUUGACAACGUCACCAAUUAUGUGUCGACCGUACCAAUUCGAGAGCUGGGCCUGGGCCUGGGGGCAGAGCAUCUCUCUGAUGAGCAGGCACAGGAGCUGACCAAUGACUACAGUUUACCUGCUCUCAAAUUACUUUUUCAGUUGUGGGUGGGCCAGAGCUCGGAGUUUUUCCGCCGAUUGGCGCUGAUGAUGUCUUCAGGGAGGGCGGAGCUAGAAUCUAAGCCCCACCUUCUUGCGUACAAUAGUGUGGCCACCGUCACUGCCUCUCUUCAUCCCUCACUGGCCUGUUGCCUUGGUGACCUGCAGCGCAGCUACGAAUUCCAUCGCUACUUUGAGAUGCAGCAGCAGGCUCAGAACUCGGGCCGAGCAAGUCGGGCGAGGCAGAAAUGCAGAGAGCUCAACUCAGUGCACACGUCCAUCCGUAGCCUUCAGCUCCACCUCAAAGCCCUGCUCAGCGAGGUAAUCAUUUUGGAGGAUGAGCUGGAGAAGCUGAUGGUCACUAAAGAGUCAGAGGAGGUGACCUGUGCAGGUUACCAGGAGCUCCGUGAGCGCCUGCAUCUCCUGCAGCCUCACAUGCAGGCUAGCUCCUGCUGCUGGGAGGACAUGACUGCUCAGGUGGAGCGCAUGCUGCGCAGGGUCACACACUGCCCAGGAAGUGAAGAAAGUCCAGAGGAAGCAGCUGGUCCUGUCCCCCCUCCUCCUGCCCCUAUCUCACACAUCGAUGACACCGACCCCAUCCCAGAGGAACAGGAACUGGAGGCCUACGUCUCUGACUCAGACUCAGACACAGAGUGGCGUGGGGCUGUGGACAUGCUUUCGCCAUGGGAACGAGAGCGUCAGAGGCGUGAGAGGGAGGAGUCACGCAGAGUUUUACUUGAGCUUAAAUCUGUCUUGGGGAUUCGAACUUCUGAGGGAGAGCGAGAUAAACGCAAGCUGCUGCUGUUCAGCGAAAAAGCUGCGUUGGGUCAGGUUGCCACAGAGACAUCGGAUCUACACCCAGAAUCCUCAGCAGGUCCAAGCUGCACAGAUCUUGCAGCGCCUGCAAGCAACCACAUCUCACAGCAGCUUUCAGGAGCAGAGGAGGAGGAAAAGGAGGAGGAUUUAAAGCAGGGAGGAGGAGAGAUGGCGAGAGACACUACAGAGGAACAAGAGACCGAAGCUGUGACUGAAUUCUGCUGCGGCAGUUCUGAGAGCGCUGCAGAAAUGCAAGACAAGACAGGCGAGGAAGAGGGAACACGGCUCUUCCAAUCAGACGGGCUGAUGAACGAGGAGGCGGACCCGAAUCGAUCGCACCCCCUCUCUCCCAUAGUCCCCACCCUCUCAGUGAUUGACAGACUUACAGAACUGCAUGGCUCUGAAGUGCUUAGCAUCGGCUCGGCUCUGGCUGCUCAGGUGGCCGCUCGCUCGCACGCUUUCACACAGCUACAGGAAUGCACCUAUGGGGACUCAGAUGAGGAAGAGGAGAAGGAGGAGGAUGGGGAAAAUGCAAAUGAAGAAAUAUCGCAGCCAGAAGUGAUUAAGAGAGCAGAGAAGUGAAGGACAGGAAGUUUAACUGUUUUAGUAUAUACAGGUUAUUUAUUACCAUCUGCCCUAGAUUUAUUUAUUAAGCUUGAGGUCAGGACAGCAGCAUAUGUAACUGGUGCGCGAGUGAGUUUUAUAUGUCCGUCCUUUACGUGCCUCCAUGUGUGGUCUUGUUUACACUUUGUCUGUUGUCACUGUGUACAUCCCGUCCCGUGUUUUCUCGCAUUAUGCCUCAGGUACAGGCUAGCAAAUACAGACACGGAAUUCUACAGUCAUUUACAUCAAAUCUUAGGCUUAUUAUUCAAAUAUUAGGCUUAUAUUGUAAAUGUGUACAGUAAUAUUUGGGCUACUUUUUUUUUUUUUUUUUCUUUUUCAAUUUUUUUAGAUUCAAGCUGACAUUAUUUAUAAUCCUGCUUGUUUUUGUGUUUGACUUGUCAUUUGAAUCAAAAGGGUAAAAUGCAAUCAGGCGAAUAACAUAAGCUAUCAAUAAAUAAAUAUAAAAUUAAAUUAAAAUCCCCUGGCUAUGCUUCACAGAUCCACUGAGGACCCACUAAUCUAUGAGAUUACUUUAACCUUUAGGUGAACAUUUUUUUUUUUUUAAUGAUUUUUCUUUUUUUUUUUUUUUGUAGUAAACUUAUACACUGAAUAAAUCCAUGUAUAAAGCAGUGAGGUAUAGAAAGAAACUGGCCUCUAGCUUUAAGAAGUUUUGUUUAAUUCUAAUCAUUGUGCUGUAUUUCCUCAGGUGAUCAGCAGUUACUUAAACCGGCGCUAUGGUCAAAGCCACUGAAAUCUCUUUUUUUGUGUGAUGUGUACAUUAGCAGAAGCUCUUGCAAGCUGCUGCAACACGAUUGGCUGAUUGAAUAACUGCACAAGUGAGCUGAUUCUUAUUCAAGAAGACAGUCAGGUGUAAAGCCAGUUGAUUGGGCAUAUGAAUCGAAAGGGUUACGUCUUAAAAAUGCAGGCUUAUAAAUCAUAUCAACUUGAAUCUAUUGACAAUUUAAUUUGAAUUCGGUGAGUGAAAUUCAGAAGUGUUAAAA